AAUGAUCAACUCAUAUUCCAUUUGUCAAAUGCAAAGAGAAAAAACAAAUAUGACUAAAACUCUGAAGUUUUUUUAUGCUAUGAUUUUAUUUCUUUCCUUGUUUCUUGUUGCAAAGGAAAUUGAAGGAUGUGAAGACGAUAGUGAUUGUCCACAAAUUUUCAACUUCCAUCCUUUUAUUUGUAAGUGUAUUAACAACGAAUGCGAAAAGGUUAUACUGCAAAAAGGUUAUAUGAGUAUGAAACCCAAGAUAUUACACAAACGCUAUACAAGGAAGAAUGAGUUCUUACACUAUCGCUUCGACUCUAAUUAUAAGUUUCCUUUAAAAAAUAAUUUUGCCUCGAUAUUAUGGAAGUUACUUGUUUUUUUAUACUAUAAUUUUAUUUCUUUCCUUGUUUCUUGUUUUGCAAAGGAAGUUGACGGAUGCGAAGUCGAUGGUGAUUGUCCAAAAGUUUUCAAAUUAAAUGUACAUGAUUUUAUUUAUAAGUGUAUUAACAACAAAUGCGUAAGGGUUUACUAUCCAAAACCGGUACCAAUGCCAGAUUUUUUUUUUUGAAGAGGACCAAUGCCAGAUAUUAUAUGAGUAUAUAUGAAACCCAAGAUAUUACACAAGCGCCAUACAAGGAAGAAUAAGUUCUUACACUAGCAAAAGAUAUAUGCAAUAGAGAAAUGAUAUUUGUACAACCAUUUCCUAAUAACUUUUAUGAUAACUUUCUUUCUCAUACUCAUAUUAUAUUUUUAAUUUCUCUCUAUUGCUUUAAUUUUUGUUCCAACACAUACUUCUCUUCGUAAAAAUAUAGUUGUUAAUGUGGUUGUCAACCAAAUUGCUGUUCAAAUAACGUUGCUGUUUUUUUGUAA